AUGACAAUGGCACACGACGAACUAUCACCGUCACCAAUGUUAAAUAAAGUUCAACUUUCAGAUACUGAAGUACUUUAUCUCGUAGAACGUCUUCAAAUGCAAGAUCAUAUGAAUCCUGAAGAUAUACCUAAUACAAUUGCCGAAUUGGAAAAUUUUUACACAUUUCUGAAAAAUAAUAAUGAUGCAAUGGCUGUACCAUCACCAAUGGUUGACAAAGCAUGGCAUCAGCACAUCUUAAACACAAAAAUGUACAAUACUUUCUCACGUCAACAUUUUGGUAUAGAAAUUCUACAUCAUGCACCUUUCUGGACUGGUAAUAUAGCAGAAGUAAAAGCGAGAUUGCCUGUUGAUGUUGAAGUUGCUGUAUUAGAAACAUACAAGAGCAUAGUGGCUAUGCUUGGUAUUGAGAAUGUAAAUAAAACAGUAUGGCUUAUAGAUGAAGUUGAACUGGAUCGUCUUCUGCGACCAUCAGCUAGACACUCCGAAUUAUAA